GCAGGUUUAUUUUUUGCAAUAAGGAUAUCCCAGUUAUUUGAUUCUUCAAAAUUAACAUUAAAAAAUUUUAUUAUCGAAGAGAAAUCAAUAACUCAUAGAUCAUUUAAAGUUGGUGAAUCAUUACCUGUUAAAGCCAAGCCAGUGCUUCAAUCUCUAGGAGUUCUUGAAAAAGUGAAUAAUGCACUAUUCAAGCAUCUCUUUUGCUACGGCAACAACUCUGCAUGGGGUUCCAAUAAUCUAAAUGGCACUGAUUCCAUAUUCAAUCCAUAUGGAAAUGGAUUCCAUUUAGAUCGUUCAUUAUUUGAAGAAACUUUAUUGAAAAUUAUAGAAUCACAAUAUGGGCAUGUUGUCAAAGUUAUCAUGGAUUUAAUGUUACCAGUUUACAUUUUAAUUUUAGAG